CUUCGUAGGCCGCAAACGAUAGUAUUAUUUUUCGUACUUCGGGUUCGUAUUCCGCGAAAGUUCGCCCUUCCUACACAUUUUUUUCACUCAUUUAUUAAUUAACAGAUGCGAUAAAUAAUGCGAAGAGCUUGCGUAACAAUAACACACAUGCGAAAACGUUAUAAUAAAAUAACGAUCUCCAAAUAAGGCCGAUGUGACAGUGGGCUGUGACUGAUAUUUUCUAACUCUAGCGCAAAAAUUUACUUCUAAUCUUGCGAGCCGUUGGUUGUAUUAUCGCGCUGCUUGCUUGAAUUUGAUUUAAAAAUACGCACGCACCCAAGGAAGUGAAAAAGAAAAAAAAUUAAUAUGAAAUAUGUGCGGAAUUCUCUAGUACCUUUUAAGUGAACCCCGUUGUGCGCAAAAGUUAUUGUGCGUCUAAAAACAAUCCCAUCGUUCUGUACGAAUUCAAUAUUAGUAGUCCUGACUAUUUCCGAGGAAUUUGACGGAAAUGGCGCACACGCAACAGCUACAAAGCAGUCUGAAACGAAGUCAGAAGACAGAUUUUACGACCUCAACGACAUUGACGAAAGAACGAAGUUUUAUUCGAACGAACAAGGACCCUCAUAAGCGAAAAAGUCAAACAAUGGCAACCAUAAAAGGAAAACCGACAAUGGAAAUCUAUCGUCCACCAAAUGUGCGAACAGAUAGUGGCGUCUUAAAUGUACACGCGAAGGAAUUCACGAUGAAUCAUGAUCUAAAAACUUCCAAGAGCAGUGCCAAUUUAGCUCAACACAUUGACUUUCAAGCGCAUGGUUUACAACAUUCGUCUUCGAGCGGAAACAUUCUGCGACAUAUUCACGGUUCCGCGCCCUUUAUACCGAUAGUUCCUGCCCCAAUGGUACUUCCUCCUUUGUUGCAUUCGGCGUCCACGCACGUGUUACUCAAUCACCAUUAUCCUAGAGUCAAUUUUCAAAUUGCAAAUAACAGUAACAAUAACAGCGACGCUCUCUCUCAACAAACUAUUCUCCCAAACUUGAAUCACGCUCAGCAUUUUACCAAUUUCAAUAAUAAUCAUCACGGUAGCAGCCACGGAAAUUUGAAGAGGUCGAAAAGCUUAGGCGCCGCCGAUUCGAGGAACUUGAUAGAGAAACUGAAGAGUUUUUCCAAGGAAGAAACAAAUUUAGGUAAAUUUCCUUCAGAAGACCAAAGCAAUUUGGAUAUGGCGAUAGACGAUCCUAAUCAACUUCCUUCUCGAACUUUGAUGGAUUUAGUUAAAGUAAUUUUAGAGAGAGUAGUUGAAGGAAUAAGAUAUUCGGAAGCCGGUGCCAAAACGUGUAUAUCGAUUAUCGAUCGAGAGAAGAACCAAACCUUCCUAGAAUCUUUGCUAAACACGUGCCAACAGUGGUACCAAGAAAGGGAUAAGAUUUUACGAGGAGUAAAAGCAGGCGAUGGAACCCGUUUCACUGCUUUCAUGUGGUUUCUUACGGAAAUGUGCGGUCAAUUGAAACGUCAUAAACUACUGAGCAAACACGAGAACCUUCAGCCCGAUUUGGUGCUGUUAUCAGUGCUGGCAAAAUGUUGCCAAGCUUGCGUCAGUUUACCAAUUACGUGCCUUCCAGAGACUGAGUGUUUGUUUUUUGUGUUAACAUCCAUUGGUCGUGAUUUAGAAAGUGAAUUGCCCGUUCAAUUGGAGCAACUAUUGGCAAGUGUUCGUGACGCUUUUCUGGCUUCAGCGGGAUCGCCAGCUGUCAGACGAACCCUUUUACAAUUAAUCGAGUUGCACGCCUCAAAUUGGCAACUUCCCGGAUCCUCUGUACUUUAUUAUUAUCCGAGAAUCAAAUGAUUUAUCGUUUAUUUAUUUAUUUAUUAUUGUAGGCAUUUUUGUUGGGGGGGGGGGCAAUUUGAAAUCGAAAUUAUACUCUAAAUUAUUUUAAAUAAUUUUACCACUAUUGUGAGUAUGUAUUACAAAUAUACUAUAUUUGCUAUAAGUACAUAUAUAAUAGUUACGGUAAAAUUUUGUUACGGAUUCGUUGGAAUGGUUCAAUGGAAAUUGAAACACAACUAAUUCUUUAAUUCACUAAAAAGUAAUCCCCAUAAUAUGUGAUGGAGAAAAAUUAAUCCAAUAAUUAUCUCAUAUCUACUUAAUGCAAUACGUAGAUUUUUGUACUUUAACGGUUUAUAUAACGCCUUGUUCGGGAAUAGUAACUGUUAGUGGUAGUAGAACCAAAAAGUGCCAUUGAUGAAUAUUAAGUUUUCUAAUAAAGUGUGAUUUUUUUUAAUAAAAUUCAUUUGUAUUAAA